CUGUCUGACAGUGUCAUUGAUCGUAUGAAGGAACCGUCUUCACCCAGCGGAAGACCGCAGUCUCAGCACCGAUCAGCGUCUGGUGCAGUUAAUGAUGAAGAACUAAAGAAAAGAAUAGCUGAAGAACUGGCAUUAGAACGAGCCAGGAGAGACUCUGAAGCUCAAAAGAGAAGAUUGAAACAAGAACAAAUGUAUGUACGCGAUGAGUUUGGCAAACUUCUGGAACGAGAAAGGAUUUCCUCAAACGAACAUUUGACUCGAGCCAUUCUUCGAGAGAGAGCUGCCACAGAGGAGGAGCGUCAGAAGGCACAGCGAUUU